UGAAUGCAGCUGCUGAGAGGAGAAAGAUAGAUGGAGUUAAUGGGGGCCGUUUUCCAAGUCUCUCCCCAUCGAAGGGGUCAGAGUUCAUUGGUCGCUUUUCAGCUCUCACACACACGGCUGCACUGCCUCCGGCUUCUGGCUCCCACUGCAGAGGGAGUCCCCCAAACCCAUCCCACCCAUCCAAAAGAACAGCAUGUAUCGGGAAGACACAGGGGAGAAAGACAGAGAAAGAGGUAUGGUAUAGUCCUGGAUGCAGGCUCCUCCCACACAGCCAUGUACAUUUACAAGUGGCCGGCGGACAAGCAGAAUGGCACUGGCAUCGUCACACAGCACGGCGAGUGUCACGUCAAGGGAGGGGGAAUCUCCAGCUAUGCAGGACAGCAGGGGGGUGCAGGGCGCAGUCUGCAGACUUGCCUGCAGAAGGCGGUGAAGGACAUCCCAAAAUCCAGACAUGUCCUCACUCCUGUGUACCUGGGAGCAACAGCAGGGAUGAGGCUGCUGACAAUCUCAGACCCCAGUGUUUCAAAGGAAAUUCUGCAGGAAGUGGGUGACAAAAUCAAGUCCUAUCCUUUCAACUUCCGAGGUGCAGCCAUUUUGAGUGGCCAGGAGGAAGGGGCAUAUGGUUGGGUCACCGUCAACUACCUGCUGGAGAACUUCAUCAAGUAUGGCUAUGUGGGCCGCUGGCUGAGCCCGGGCAGGGGGACCGUGGGGGCUCUGGAUUUCGGGGGCGCCUCCACCCAGAUCACCUUCUCGACCCGGGACACAGUGGAGGACCAGAAGAACAGCAUGACCCUGCGUCUUUACGGCCAGGAUUACAGGCUUUACACACACAGCUUCCUGUGCUACGGCCAGGACCAGAUGCUGCGCAGGCUACUGGCCCUCCUGCUGCAGACCCAGGGCUACCCGAGCACUGUCACCCACCCCUGCUUUCCUGCUGGCCACAGCGUCUCCACGGCGAUGGGGAAGGUGUUCGACUCGCCGUGCACGGCGGAGAGGAAGCCGACCCCGUACGACCCCCGAGCUCCAGUGACCGUGCUCGGCUCUGGCCACUACCAGCAAUGCCUGGGCAACGUGACCGAGCUCUUCAGCUUCGGCCGCUGCUCCUUCUCCCAGUGCUCCUUCGACCAGGUCUUCCAGCCCAACGUCAGCGGAGACUUCAUGGCCUUUGCAGCGUUCUACUAUGUUCACUCAUUCUUGAAGCUCACGACAGGCAUCACUGUCAGCAGCCCCACUCAGCUGGAGGAAGCAGCCCGCGCUGUCUGUAACCUGACCUUCCAGGAGAUGCUGGCCAUGGCUCCCAGUCAGGAGAAACGUCUGCAGCACUACUGUCCCGCCUCCGUGUACAUCCAGGUGCUUUUACUGCAAGGAUACAAGUUUGACGAGCUCUCGCUCCCCCGCGUCUCCUUCCAGAGCAAGGCGGGGGGAGCCUCCGUAGGCUGGGCCCUGGGGUACAUGCUGACCCUGAGUAGCCUGUUACCGGGGGAGAGCCCGGGGCUGAGGAAGGCCCUUCAUCCAGGCGCCUGGGGCACCCUGCUGUUCCUCUGUGUCCUCCUCCUCAUCGCUGGUCUGGGAUACCUCCUCCUACUCACCUCUCGCAGGAAAAACCAGGACAGCAAUUGUGUCUAACCACCACUAGAGGGCGACGCGGGGGGGGCCAAGACGCUCACACACUGUGUACUGCUGUGAAUAGUGCCGGCAUCAAAGUCUCUGGCAAAUCCAACAAUAUAAUUUUCAGAAAAUAUGUAUUGGACUUAAUUUUCAUACUUUCUUCGUUCACAGAGCCAAACACCACUUGACGAAUUGGGCAAAUGCAAGAACUAUGUAAAAUAUAGCAUUUUCAGAAUUUUCUGGAUUCCUUUGUCUGAAGGACUGUGUAGUAUAAUGGAUGAAGGAAAAAACAAACACUGGCCAUUACAGGCCAUUAUGAGGCUUAUUUCCAGAAUUCACACACAUUCAACCAGUCCUAACAACUAUCACAGACCCAUGUGUGUUACUAUCUUUGAUUAAAAAGAAGCGUCUUAAAGUUCUUCUCCUUUGGCAAACACUCACCUAAGACAAUUCAAAUGACAUGCAAAUAUGCAAUACAAUGCCUCCCAUGUAUUAUAGUCAUUCUUAACAGUGGGGUGGGUUGGGGAGGGAUUUAACACCUUGUAAUUAACACAUUUGUGUUUAAUAAAAUCUUGAUUUUUAUAUUUGUUUUGAAUGUGCUAAGAUUGCCACUAGAUUUUCUUUUUACAUUUAUCUGUCUUCAUACUCACAUUCUUCGUUUUUGUUAAUAUUCAUUCACUUUGGUCACAGUUGGCAACCAUAACAACCAUGAGUUCACAUUUAGACUUGACCAUACCAAACUAUGCUUGUCUUAUGUUUUACAAAAACAAAGCAACAUAAAAAGUGCUUAAAGUGCUUAAAUGUAAAUUUUCACACAAAAUGUGUAUUGCCAGUGUAAAACGUUUUAUGCUGCAUAAAAUAAAAGUUAAUAUUUUUAUUA